GUCACAUUGCGGCUAGAGCCAUGCUGCAGCAACAGUAAACCUGGCAUUGAUAGGAAAAAAAAUAAAGAAAUAGCUAUAGUGUAAUUAAAUUUCGACGAUUUCAAAGGAUUUAUAAUUAGAUUUUAUGCUCAGCCUAUUUUAGUCAUAACAUUUUUAAUAAAUUUUAAAGCAUUCAGAACAUGUUGAUUAAUGAGAUGAAGUUUCAUGUUUUUGCAGUGAGUCAGGGAAAACAUCUUUCAUUUUCAGGCUUAUUUCUGGUCUUGAAGAUACCACUGCUGUGUGCUGUGCUAAGUACCUCUACAGGGGAACAGCUCUGCUGUUUGUGUUUCUGACUGUCAGCUCUUUCCUGUUUCGUAACUGAAAGUCUCAUUAUUGGCUUCAGUAUCAGCUAGCUGAUGAAAGUGACCUGUGACUUUUUUCAAUACAGCCUUCAAAAUGGAGAAACUGGCUAGGAAAUGGGGGAAAGAAUCACUCUUACUUCAUAAUUAGAAGGACAAUGAAUGAGGUCUGUAAAAAUUCAAGGGCGGAAGGAGUUAUGGCCAGUCUUUCACAGAUGCUUUGUAAUUUAGCAGACCAGGUUGCAGUUCAUAGAGAGUUGUUGCUGUACAGUUGAGACAGAAGAAAUUGUCACCUCCCAUUCUUGUGCAUCACCAUAUGGCAUCCCCUAUACGGACAGGCACAGGAUUUGGAGACGCCGGGAUGCCGGUGCGUGCUGAUGAUGUGAUGGCGCUGCUCAGCCACAUUGCCACGGUGAAGGGCAUGAAAGCUGCUGUCUCCAAUUCUGGCCGGGGAGCCAUGCUCACAGGUGCAUCAGCAUUUGUGGGGGGCAUGCUGGGAGGCCCUCCUGGAAUCGCUGUAGGAGGAGCACUGGGUGGAUUGCUUGGAUGGAUGACUUCUGGACAGUUCAAGUCAGUCCCUCAGGUUUUAAUGGAGUUGCCUGCUGCUGAGAAGCAGAAACUCUGUGCUGAAGCCAUGGCUGUUGUCAAGAACUUAGACUGGACUGAUGCUGCUCAGCUCAUUGCUCUUGUAAUGUCAAAUACUGCUCUCACAGAAAAGGUAUUAGGAGUGCUGACCACUUUCCUUACCAAUGAGUUCAAAGCACAACUAAAAUAUGGAGAAUAGUCCACUCCAGAGCAGGAUUUUUAUACUGGAAUUGCAUUUUACUCCCAUAAUUGUGAUUCUUCAACACAACAAUUGGUGGUGUUCAUUACUAAUUACAAAUAUAUGCUGAUCUAAGUUUGGGAUUUUGGUGUUUGGGGGUUUUUAAAUUUUUAUCAUUGUUGUUAUCAUUUUCGAUUCGUGUGGAUUUGGAAGCAUAGUAUUAGGUUACUGCAUUAUCCUGACACUGACCUGCUAUGAAGUUUUGGAUUGCUCUGCACUAGGACCAGUUCAAAUUGCUAAAGGGAAUCAUGCUGCUCCUAGGCUAAUGUGUCACUUGUGAAAAUUUUCAAAGUCCUUUUGUUUUAUUUUGGAGACUUGAUUCUAUUUGUUGAAGUGCUUUAAUUUUUUUCCCCUGGGAAUGACAUGUAAGGUGCCAGAGCAGCUGGGGCACUUUGAAGAAUUUUACCUGUUGUUUGUUUCAGCCCUGCAAAGGAAAGUUUUACAAGGAAGUACAUUGCUGUGAACUCAAAAAACUCAAUCCAUACUUUGUUUGUCUCUUUUUUAUUGUAAUUCUUGAAUUAUCUUUUUAUGUAAGAAGGAAAGCAAAUUCUUAAACAAGAUUUCAAGAAACAGGAAAACACACUGUGAACACUUUCAAUUCAAUUUUCACCAGGUUCCUGUGCCCUGGGAUGGGAGGGUGUGGCAUUAAAAACAUGGGGAGCUGAAUCUGCCAGUUUUGUGUGAGCCCCAGGAUGAAGGUUGUCAUUUGAGCAUUGGUUUCUUGCUUGAGUCUGUACAGCUGGUCCUUGGUUUUCAUUAAAAUCUUAAGAAGAA